CUCUUGUGCGGUACUGUUUCAAUUAAUAUACCAUCUUUUAUUCUAAUCAAAUAUAAAUUCGAUAUAUUUUGUUGAUAUAUACAUUUAUGUUUAUUUUUAACGUUGCUUAUCACAGUAUGUUUUAAAAUUAAAAUUUGAAACCUAUUGAAUUAGUAAUUUAAAAUUAACAAGAUUCUGUUUGAAAGAUUAAAAAAUACUUUAUAAGUUGAAUUCUUUUCAGAACAAUUUCUAAAAAUAGAAAAAAAAAAAGCCUUAAUUUCUUAAAGAUUUAACUCGGCACAGAUAUGCUAUGCCUUAACAUGCUAUGUGAUAGCCCUGCGAAUGAAUUAUUGUUCCUCUUUUUCACUCCAUUAUCUGAAGACAGCUGAGCUGAAAAUUCAAUGGAAGAAGAGAAAUUCUUGAGGCAGUUGAAACUUUGUUUGUAAACGAGUUGUUCCUGUUACUGGAGAUUUGCCAUCUCUAACGUAUUGUAUGAUUUCUGCAAAUUAUGUCUAUUACAGCAGAAAAUUUGUGCCCUAAUUGUGGAAAUGAACUAAAAGCUGUACAAAAUCUUGAUGGUGGUAAAGAUUACUUUUCUGAUAUUGACCUGCAAUAUGACUGCCUUAUUUGUGGUUACAGAUAUAGUUAUGUUCCUGAAAAUAUCCAAGAUGAUAUGAAAUAUGACUCAAAAUCUCUUUAUUGUACAAUCUGUGAUAAGCAUUUCAAUCAGUCAAGUAGUUUAAAGAGGCAUAUGGUUUCGCAUUCAGGUGAACGACCAUUUUGCUGUGAAGAAUGUGACAAGACUUUUAAAACAAAGGCUGCUUUGAAAAGACAUUCAAUUAUACAUACUGGGGAAUGCCCAUUUGAGUGUAGUACUUGUAAAAGAAAAUUUAAUCAAAUAAGUAACUUGAGAAAACAUUUGGUGAUACACAGUAAUAAUUGCCCCUUCUACUGUGAUGUAUGUGGAAAAGGAUUCAAUCAGUUAAGUAAUUUGAAAAAGCACAUGGUUGUGCAUAGAGAGCAUAAAAUGUCAUCCAAUAAUAUUGGAAAAUCUGUUUAUUCUGGUGUUCUAAAAGGAUCUGAAAAAUCUGUAACGCGACCAGUACUGACUUUUGUAAAACCUGCAGGAUCUUGAUAUAUAAGUGUUCUAUCAAACCAUAUAAAUGAAUUAGAUUAAUUAUAUUUGAAUCAGCUACAUAUUUUAUAUCAUAUUUUUGAAAGAAAAAAAUAACAACCAAAUAUAUUAAUAUAAGUUUAGCUGAAGUUUUGGAAAUUCUCUAGUUUACUAAAGUCAGCUCAUUUAAUUGUCUUUCAUAAUGUAUCACAGUGGUUUAAUAUGAAGGUUAAAGGAUUAAGUUUCUCAAACUGCUUUUAUUUUUCAUGUAAUUAAUUAAAUGAAUAAGUUUUUAA